AAUUCAAUGGGGUCCAAUCUAAUGUCAGUUAAACAGCAAAGCAUCCCAGCUGAGUAGUAAGUAGUAACAAGUAACAGCUCCCCUCCUUAAUUAAUUCUUUUUUCUCAUUCACUUUCCCUUGUCUCUAUCUAUCUAUCUCUCCCUCCCCACUCUGCUAAUUUCUUACUUCUACUAUUACUGUCCCAAUCCCACUUUUCUAUCCCAAUUCCCAAUUCCCAAUUCCCAGUUCCCAAAUCCAAAUCAAUUUUUUUAAUCAAUACCCAGAUUUCAUCUUCAUCCAUUUUCAAAUCCUUAGCUGCAUUACCCUUUUACACAGAUCUUCAUUUUCAUCUUCUUCAAUCUUGACCAAAUUCUGGGUUUUGAUUUGAUCUCAGAUUUAAGGGGAUUUUUCCCCAUUUCCCAACAAUGGCUGACCCUAGUAAUGAACUUGAAACUAGUUGUGUUUCUUCAAAUAACAAUGAAUCUAUUACCACAUUUUCAUCCGCUACAAACCCAAAUCCACCACCACCACUUGUUGUUUCUGGAUCUUUCAAAGAAAGCAAAUCUUCAUCUCGUAGACGCCCCUCUCGUCGUCCUAGUCUUGAUGCUGAUGAUUUCUUAAAUCUCCUUCAUGGGUCGGAUCCGGUUAAGGUUGAGCUUAAUCGGCUUGAAAAUGAAGUCAGAGAUAAGGAACGAGAACUUGCUGAAGCUCAAGCUGAGAUCAGAGCAUUGAAGUUGUCUGAACGUUUGAGAGAGAAAGCUGUUGAAGAGCUCACGGACGAGCUGGCUAAGAUGGAUGAAAAGCUUAAACUAACUGAAAAUCUGUUAGAAAGCAAGAAUCUAGAGAUCAAGAAAAUCAAUGAAGAGAAAAAGGCUUCCAUGGCUGCUCAAUUUGCAGCAGAAGCUACCCUUAGAAGAGUUCAUGCUGCUCAAAAGGACGAUGACAUGCCUCCUAUUGAAGCCAUUCUUGCACCUUUAGAAGCUGAACUUAAACUUGCUCGACAAGAGAUUGGGAAGCUGCAGGAUGAUAACAAAGCUUUAGAUCGUCUCACUAAAUCUAAAGAAGCUGCUUUAUUGGACGCAGAGAGGACAGUUCAAUCUGCCCUUGCUAAGGCUUCCAUGGUGGAUGAUCUCCAGAACAAAAACCAGGAAUUGAUGAAACAGAUAGAAAUUUGUCAGGAAGAAAAUAAAAUAUUGGACAAAAUGCAUCGACAGAAGGUUUCAGAAGUGGAAAAACUGACUCAAACUGUACGGGAAUUAGAGGAGGCUGUUCUUGCUGGUGGUGCCGCUGCUAAUGCAGUGAGGGAUUACCAGCGGAAAAUGCAAGAAAUGAAUGAAGAAAGGAAAACUCUGGACAGAGAGCUAGCUCGUGCCAGGGUAUCUGCUAAUAGAGUGGCUACAGUUGUAGCAAAUGAAUGGAAAGAUUCUAAUGACAAGGUGAUGCCUGUAAAGCAGUGGCUUGAGGAGCGGCGGACUUUACAGGGAGAAAUGCAGCAACUUCGUGAUAAACUAGCUAUUGCAGAGCGAGCUGCAAAAUCUGAAGCUCAAUUGAAAGACAAAUUUCAGUUGCGUCUCAGGGUUUUAGAGGAGAGUCUGAGAGGAACUCCAACUAGUAGCAACCGUUCUACACCCGAGGGAAGAAGUAUUAGUAACGGGCGUCGUCAAUCGCUUGGAGGAGCAGAUACCAUGUCCAAAGCUAAUGGCUUUCUACCGAAGAGAUUACCAACUCUUCAAUCAAGAUCUUCUAUAACGUCUGGUGCUAGUAUGAUGUUAAGACAUGCAAAAGGGGUCUCAAAAUCGUUUGACGGUGGUACAAGGUCAUUAGAUAGAGGUAAAAUCAUGUUGAAUGGAAGCAGCACAAAUUAUGCUGUAAAUCCACCUUCCGAGGGACCCAAGGAUUGCGAGGCUCAAAGUGCCUGCAAAGAAAAUUCUGAUGAGAAGCUGAAUGAUACACAAACAACCGUUAAGGAGGAUAGUGUCUCUGGUGUAUUGUAUGACUUGCUACAAAAGGAAGUGAUUGCACUCAGAAAGGCGGGUCUUGAAAAAGAUCAAAGCCUUAAAGACAAGGAUGAUGCCAUUGAGAUGCUGGCAAAGAAAGUCGAGACCCUAACAAAAGCAAUGGAAGUUGAGGCUAAAAAAAUGCGAAGGGAAGUAGCAGCUAUGGAGAAGGAGGUUGCUGCAAUGCGCUUAGAAAAGGAGCAAGAAAGCAGGUCCAAACGCUUUGGUAAUGUGAAGGGUCCUAUGGCCAGUUCCCAGUUGCUUGCUGGAAGGACUGCUGGACGAGGCGGAUUAACACGCAGCACUCAAUAACAAGUAGCAGAACAGAACAACUUUAGGAGCGGGUCCUAAGAAGUGAAACUUGACAGUUAUUCUCGGAUGUGUCCUUGUCUUAUUCUUUAUAUAUCUUGUUAUAGCCAGUUAUUCAACAUUAAGUGAGAAAAUAUAGCUUUACUCGGUAUGCUUCUGACGGUUGACUGCUAUGGCCAUAUCGCAUGAUGAGACUUUCAGCUCAAGGAAAAUUCAAGUAACUAACCUUAUGGCAAGAGUAUUUGGUGUGCUUGUUGUAUAGAUAGGGAUAUUAGUAGUAUUCCUAGGCCCCAGCUCGUGCUGGAGCCUGGAGCCCGACUCGUAUUUGUAGUCAAGUCAGCUAGUGUGAUGUUUCAGGUUUGUGCAUAUUUUUCAAAUUGGUUUUCAAUUUACAAUGUGCUCGUCUUCUCAGGUCUUGGUUAGAACCGAAUAUAAGCAUAUUCCUCGGACACUUCAUUUUGGUCCAUCUUAUAUGGAGUUUGUAUACUACAUGUUUUUCGUAUCAUGAGUCGUUCUUUCAUGAUCCUUUUUUUCCUUAGUGUACUUCGAAACAACCUCAACGUGAAUCCACAUUUUCGUCUCA